AUGGCUGUUAUCGAAGAAGCACACAUCUCCGAGGAGAUCCACGAGCUCAAGGCCCAAGCGAACCGCCAGUUCUCUAACAAAGACUACGACGGCGCUCUUUCCACCUACCUCGACAUUCUCGCAAAACUGCCCGCCCGUGAAGCACCUACAACAUCAACCACCGAAGCUGACGAUUCUGGAUAUCUGGACGCGGAGACUGACGAUGAGGAUGUCUUGCGCGUAGCCAGCAGCGAGAAGGAAAAGGAGAAAGAGAAGGACAAAACCAGAACAGCAAGCUCAUCGCCACCACCAAAACCAUCGCGAGAAGCCGAGACAGAGGAACAAGAGCAAAUUCGACUGUUCCGCUCCGUCAUCUAUGCCAACAUCGCAGCCACCCAUCUCCGUCUUGAUCAACAUCGCGAUGCCGUGAAAGCAUGCAAUCAAUCGCUCCUCGACCGACCCAACUACGUCAAGGCGCUAUACCGCCGGGCUCAAGCUAACGAGCAAAUCGGCGGUUGGGCUGGCUUCUCUUCCGCGCUCGAGGACAACAAGCUUCUCCUCACCCUGCCGGAUCUCCCUCCAGCUACGAGACCCGAAGUCACGGCAUCCAUACAGCGCAUCGAGCCAAGAGCACAGCAAGCCGCCGAGAAGGAGAAGGACGAGAUGAUCUCCAAACUCAAAGGCUUGGGAGAUAGCAUCUUGGGCAACUUCGGUUUGAGUACAAAGAACUUCCAGUUUGCUCAACAGCCGGGCGGUGGCUACUCGAUGAACUUUGUUCGCUAG